AUGGCAGCAGAAGUAGCACCGCUACCGCAGCUGAAGCUGCCGCAAGGCCCUUCACCCAUCACCGCCGAGCAGCGGUACUGGAAGUCGUUCAAGAGCCAUCUAAGGAUCCCCUCGCCGACACAGUACCCCAUCACCCACAUCACCUUCCCCGCCACGAACCCAAACAGCUUCAACUCGGCCGGCAGCGACUUCUUCGCCGUGACCACGGGCACGAGAGUGCAGAUCUACUCGAUACGGACGCGCAAGCUCGUCAAGACGGUCACCAGAUUCACCGACAUCGCCCGCAGCGGAGAUGUGCGCCGGGACGGAAAGAUCUUGGUCGCCGGUGACGACACCGGCAAGAUCCAGGUCUUCGACAUCAAUUCGCGCGCCAUCCUCAAGACGUGGACCACCCACAAGCAGCCCGUGUGGAAGACGCAAUUUUCGCCCGCUGACCUGACCACCCUCAUGUCGACCAGCGACGACAAGACCGUGAGGCUAUGGGAUCUCCCGAGUAACGACAGCACCUCGACUUUCGUCGGCCAUUCCGACUACGUUCGCUGCGGUGCCUUCAUGCCUGGUACCAUGUCCAACAUGCUGGUUUCGGGCAGUUACGAUUCGACCGUCAAGCUAUGGGAUCCUCGAGCCCCGGCCAACGCCGUCAUGACCUUCAAGCAUGCCAACCCAGUCGAGGACGUCCUACCGCUUCCCUCGGGCACCACCAUCCUCGCCGCCGCCGAAUCGCAGAUAUCGGUUCUUGAUCUGGUUGCUGCCAAGCCUCUGCACCUGAUCACCAACCACCAGAAGACGGUUACCUCCCUUUCCUUGGCGUCUGGUGGAAAGCGUGUCGUAUCGGGUGGAUUGGACGGCCACGUCAAGGUCUUUGAGACCACCGGAUGGAACGUGGUUGCAGGCGCCAAGUAUCCCUCGCCCAUUCUGUCUGUCAAGGUCAUCACAUCAGGCGCCAACGGCGACGAUCGGCACCUUGCGGUGGGUAUGCAGUCUGGAGUCAUGUCCCUAAAGACCCGCCUGACAGGCCCCGAGGCCGCCCGCGAACGAGAACGGGAAAAGGAGAUGCAGGCGCUUUUGGCAGGUACGAUCGCUUCCCACGACAAGACGAAGCGCAAGCGGAAGGGUCGUGUUGCUGAAGCGAACCGCCUCGAUCUCGUAGGCGAGGGGGCUGACGUCGUCAUCGCUGGCAAUCCUGCCUCCCGAAACAAGUCAGCCAAGGAGAAGCCGUGGCAAAAGGACCUCAGACGCGGCCAUUUUGCUUCCGCACUCGACCGUGUUCUCGAUUCAAGCUCCAAGCAGUACUCGCAUCUCACAGUGCUGACACUCCUUGUCGCUUUAAGACACCGCUCAGCCCUGCGAGAAGCCCUUGAAGGUCGCGACGAAGAGACUGUGCAGCCAAUCUUGCACUGGGUUCAGAAGCACAUCGUGGACCCUCGAUAUGUCAGCGUGUGUGUGGAUGUGUCGAUGCAUCUUCUUGACCUCUACUCGGAGUUCGUGGAUGGGAGCAACGAGUUGGAGGACAGCUUCCGGCUUCUGCACAGGAGGGUGAGACGAGAGAUCGAAACCGCACAAAUGGCGACGCAAACUGGAGGAAUGCUGGGAGGUCUGCUCAUCGGAACGGCCUAG